AUGAACAAAAUGGAAAAACUGCCGAAAUUAGUGGACGUCCAUCAGCCGUCGAAUAAGCUGGAAUCCAGGCAACUGCCCCUCGUGGUAGACGAAAAUUUAACGCUGGUUAUGGACAUAAAGAACUCGAACAUCAUUUGCGACGCUCAGAAUCUGAGCCACAAGGAACUCAACGAGUUUGCGGCAAAAUUUUCCAUGCUGAGCCCCGAGCAGUUCGAGGCUGCUCUGCAAAUAAGCAGGCCUGAACUACUCGAGGUGCUCAAUCAAAAUGUACCCUGCGUUGGGUGCCGGAGAAGUGUGGAAAGGCUCUAUUUCCACUUGUUGGAUUUCGGCCACCCGACGCUGGACCCCAUUGUGGUGAAAAGUGACGGUACCAUAACCUUAAAAAAAGAGAAACGGAGCUACAAUGUUUUGGCCAACAUUUUUCACGGUCACGCUCAACGUUUGGAGACCCUAGUCGACACCCAACCGAAACGCAACAAAAAAAGCGUCCGCUGUCUGCUGCACUCUUUGGAUUCGCAGCGGAAUCGUCCGAUCACGCCCGUGUGGCGCGACAUCUGGGACUGCAUGAAAAUCGAUUGUAGAAAAGACGUUUGCGUAAUUGAAGCUUCAAGUUUACACGCAACUUUGGAAAAUUAUCUCAGAAAACAUCGAUUUUGCGGCGAGUGCCGCACCAAAGUCUUGAAAGCUUACACCAUAUUGGUCGAAGAGGAGGAGCCUAUUAAGGAAAAAGGUUACGUUUCGUCCCUUUACUCUGGUAUUAAACGUUGCCUGGUCGAUAAACACAUUCACCUAAAUCCCAAAACCGAAUACAUAACCAAACUUAUUGUCAGAGCAGAACCGGAACUAUUAGGCAGAGAACGUCACGCCAAAACAUUGGAAAUAGCCCAAGAAGAAGUCUUAACGUGUCUGGGCAUUUGCAUGUACGAACGGUUGCACCGCGUCUACAUGCGCGUGCGCGAAGAAGAGCGCACCUGUCAAUUGUUCGCCGCUGUUGCCGUUCACUCGCUGAGUCGCAGCUUCGAAACCCAAGUGGAAAAAGUCAGGGGCGUAUCGCAACUUGAGUUAUUUUACGAGGAAUUCGCCAGGGCCGAACAGGCCAAGCAGAAACACAAGGAAGCGAAAAAGAUACGGCGCAAGCGCCGCAAAGGCAAAUCGAGCCCCGACGAUUGCGAUCAUAUGGAGAAGGAAUGUUCUUGUUCGCCCGCCCCUGAACCGUGCAAUUGCAGCAGCGAAGAAAUGGACGACUACGACGAUCUGCCCGAACCGUCCGCUGUUGCCAAAUCGCGCUGCAGCAACAGCGACGUUUGGCCUGCGGACGAUAGGUGCGACAACGACAACAACAAAACAGGUUCGGACUGCGGCUAUUCUUCGGAACACAAUAAUAAUUGUUGCGAAACCAGUUCAGUGGCGUCCAGCUUGGAAGAAUUAGACUCUGACGUUUGCUGUCAACAGCAGCAGGCUUUGGAUUUUGGCAGCCGGUGUAGGUUGACAUGUGGCGGCGGUCUGACGUUACAAGAAAUGUUAGAGGUAAAUCGUGAGGAGGACGUGGAGUGUUUCAUCACGGCUGAGGAGGUGCGCGAGUUCAAAAGCAGGAGCCGGCAGGUGUACGAGAAAAGACGCGAGCUGCGCGAAACGUUGCAAAAACGUUUUGCGCAGUUUUGUCACCAGGGCCCUCUGUUGGCCUUUACCGGCAACAACCGCAUCGGCCUCGAACUGAUUUAA